UCUUCUUCUUCUCCUUCUUCUGGCUUCUUCUUCAAUGGCUUCUGCUGCCAUUGUUGAACAUUCUUUCACCGUACAAGACAUGACCGUCCGGCGACUCUGCCGUGACCAAGAGAUAACGGCAGUCAACGGUGAAUAUCCCGGUCCGACCAUUCACGCUCACGACGGCGAUGUCCUUGUUGUUCAUGUAUCCAACAAGUCCCCCUACGAUUUAACCAUUCAUUGGCAUGGAAUAUUCCAGCAGCUAAGCGCAUGGGCGGAUGGCCCGGAAAACGUAACGCAAUGUCCAAUACGCCCAGGUGGAAACUACACAUACAGAUUCAAGAUCAAAGAACAAGAAGGAACUUUAUGGUGGCACGCACACUCGUCCUGGCUACGCGCCACCGUCCACGGCGCCCUUCUUAUCCGCCCCAAGAACGGUAGGCCAUUGCCGUACCCAAAGCCAUACAAGAAGAUUCCAAUCCUGCUGGGAGAGUGGUGGAAUGCCAACGUCGUCCACGUGGAAGAGGAAGGCCUCACCACCGGCUCCGGUCCUAAUAUCUCCGACGCCUACACCAUUAAUGGACUCCCCGGCAACCUCUACCCUUGCUCCCAAAACCAAACUUAUACUCUCAAAAUGGCGCGUGGGAAAACAUACUUACUUCAAGUAAUCAACGCUGCACUCAAUAACCAAUUCUUCUUCAAAUUAGCCAAUCACAAUUUGACAGUUGUCGCCGUCGACGCCGUCUACACAGACCCUUACGUCACCGACGUCAUCGUCCUUGCUCCUGGCCAAACCACCGAUGUCCUCGUUAAAGCCGACCAGCCUCCACGCUCCUACUACAUGGCGGCGCGUCCCUACGCCGACGCACGACCACCAAUAGACUUCUCAGACACAAUCACACGUGCCAUUGUCGUGUACGACGGCGCGUCCCCUUCCGCUGCUCCACUUAUGCCGACUCUACCGUCAUUCAACGACACCCCAACAGCUCACAAAUUCUACACUAACAUCACCGCCCUUGUCGGGGCCCGCCACUGGGUCCCAGUCCCACGCCACGUGGACCACCACAUGUUCGUCACGUUCGGUCUAAACCUAGCUCCAUGCGGGUUACCCAAUGGCACCGCGUGCGGCGGACCGAAUGGGCAGCGGCUGUCGGCGAGUAUGAAUAACGUGUCGUUUGUGAUCCCAAACGACGCCGGAUUGUCAAUGCUGGAGGCGUAUUUUCACAAAGUGAAGGGCGUUUAUAGUACGGAUUUUCCCGACCAGCCGCCGGUGGAAUUUGAUUACACGAAUUCGAGUAUAAGAUUGGAUAAUUCGUUGAUCUUCGCGCCGAAAGCCACGUCGGUGAAGAAAUUGAAAUUCAAUUCGACGGUGGAGAUGGUUUUGCAGAACACUGCUUUUGUUUCACUGGAAAAUCACCCAAUGCAUCUCCAUGGAUUCAACUUCCAUGUUCUAGCGCAAGGCUUUGGAAAUUACGACCCGAUCCAUGACCCGAAAAAAUUCAAUUUCCUCAACCCCCAGAUCCGUAACACCAUUGCCGUCCCCGUCGCCGGGUGGGCCGUCAUCCGGUUCCAAGCCAACAAUCCAGGUGUAUGGCUGAUGCACUGCCACCUGGACGUCCACGUACCCUGGGGAUUGGCUAUGGGAUUUGAAGUGGAGAAUGGUCCUACUCCGUCGACGUGGCUGCCUCCGCCGCCGCACGAUCUUCCCAAAUGCUAGAUGAACGGUCUGCAAAGUUCCUCCAAAUUAGAAGAAAAUUCAUUGCUGUAUUUUAUGUUUAAUUAUUUUUAUGUCUGAAAAUAAAUUACCCAGGUUAUUA